CAAGUCGACAAACCAAAUCGGCAUUAGUUCAAUUCAGUCAGUCCCCGACUCGUCAACACAGACCUAAAUCAAAAUGUUCAAAUUGGUGGUGUUGUCCGCUCUCGUUGCCAUCGUGGCCGCCAAACCCGGAGGCCUUUUGGGGUACUCUGCCUACGCCCCAGCUGUAGCCGUCCCUGCUGCCGUCAGUCACCAAUACAGAACCGACGUCAUCAGCAAGCCUGUUAUUGCCACCUAUGCUGCCCCCAUCGUGCAAAAAACAGUUGUUGCCGCUCCCGCCGUCUACAGCGCUCCCUUGGCUUACGCCGCUCACAGCGCCCCCUUGGCCUACGCCGCCCACAGCGCUCCUUUGGCUUACGCCGCCCACAGCGCUCCUUUGGCUUACGCCGCCCCUUACGCUCACGCUUGGUAGAGAGGACUGAUGGAACUUAGCAAAUUUAUUUUAUAAAUAAAUAAAUUAUUAUUUUUCA